GAAGGAAACACUCAGCUGUAUUUAAGCAGGAAAGGUUCCUCAUCCUGGAAUCAUCAAAGACUCACGGCUCAAGACACUUGUGAGCUUUCCUCACAGCACCUGCUCUCUCGAGGAUCUCUGGGCGAUUGAGAUGUGCACCGGUCACUGCUCCAGGUCUGUGGGAAUGGCUCUGAUCCCUACAGCCAUCGUCUGCAUGCUGGCAAAUACACUGCUGCUGUUUCCUGACCUGAAGUAUCAGUACCUGACAGAGAGUCAUGUGACCAGAGAGGCCAUGUGGUGCUCUGGGAUCUGGGCAUCAGGGCUUCUGGUGCUUGUGGCGGCGCGAGGCUUUACGACACGCUACGAAAAGAAAGGAUGCUGUUAUUUUACUGUUGAGGUUUUGCGUAAAAUGGGCUACGCAUGUUUGGCCAUUCUGGGAGCAGGCGUGUGUUUCGUGGUGAGCGGGACGGGGCUGGCUCUGGGACCCCUCUGUUUACACAACAGCACUGAAGGGCUGGAGUGGGGACGGCCUUUAAAACAAGUCAAAACUGGAGAGAAGCUCUACCUCUACACCCCGGAGCGGUGGUCGUCCACCUGUGUGGAGCCUCGAGGUGUUGUGAUCUGGAAUAUACUUCUUUUCUCCGUCCUCAUGGCAGCAAGUGGCCUUGAGCUGGCUUUCUGCGUUCUUCAUCUCCUCGCCGCCUUAUUGGAGUUCAUGUGUGGACCGAGAUUCUGCAAGAAUAAGGUUGUUCCUGCUUAAAAUGAGUUUCUGUUAUUUUCAUCUCCAUGUGAGAAUGAGAACGCCAUUUUUGGGUUAAACAGUCAGCUCUGACUGCUCAACUUAUUUUAAACAGAGAGGAAAAUAUAGAAAUGGGAAGUGGAUGAGGAAAGCCAGUUUUCAGGUCCCUGAAGUGUCUCAUCGCACACGUCCAGUUUUCCUGUUGUUCAGCUGCUUGAGAGACACUAGUGAUUGGAAACACUGAAUCCCAGAAACCCUUAAACAGAUUAAACACUCUUAAUAACCUACUAAACUCACACAUACAAAUAAGCUGUUUAAAAUAUUCUUUAUCGUGA